ACACGUCGAUAUUUGAAAAUAUUUUACAAAAAAAUACAAAAGAAAUUUUUUUUUUCGUUCAAAACAGAAAUUUGUAGUGUUAUUGUGUUGAUUAUCUCACAUUUUUUUUACAUCAACUUAUCGGAGAGAUAAUAAAUUUUUACAAAUUCCGUCUUUUUGUGUACAAAACAAACUUUUGGAUUAACUUAAAAUGAUGUACUAUCCUGAACCAACUGUUCGUCCCUGUGCGACUUUUGAUCCAAAUGCUGAUGCCGCCGUUUUACGCGCCGCUAUGAAAGGUUUUGGAACGGAUGAGGAGAAAAUUAUUAAUAUUGUCGCAAAUCGUGCCAAUUUUCAACGUCAAGCCAUCAUUAAUGCCUUUGCCUCGCAAUUUGGACGAGAUUUGUUGAAGGAUCUCAAGAGCGAAUUGAGCGGAAAACUCGAAGAUGUCGUUUUGGGUCUCAUGAUGAAGCCGGAGGAGUAUAUUUGUAAACAGCUGAACAAAGCAAUGGUUGGCAUGGGAACAGAUGAGGAAGCGUUGAUCGAAAUUUUGUGUUCACGUACGGGAGAAGAAAUGCGCGUUAUUACAAAGAAAUAUGAUGAAAUGUACAACAAAUCCCUCGCAAAUCACGUUGGCACCGAAACAUCCGGCGACUUCCGUGAACUUCUCACGCGAAUUUGCAGCAACGAACGCGCCAACUCGGGACACGUGAACGGCGCUCAAGCCAAAGCCGAUGCCCAACGUUUGUACGAGGCGGGAGAGAAAAAACUCGGCACUGACGAAGCGGUAUUCACGAAACUCUUUGCGCAAUCCAGUUUUGAGCAUUUGCGUCUCGUCUUCGAAGAGUACAAAGCAGUUUCGGGCAACACAAUUGAACAAGCGCUGAAGCACGAAAUGAGCGGCGAUCUCAAAAAAGCUCUCGGAACAAUCGUUGAAGUUGCCCAAAGUCCCCCGACAUAUUUCGCCCGAAAAUUGUUCAAAGCCAUGGAUGGCAUGGGCACAGAUGACAAAACUUUGAUGCGCAUCCUCAUCAGUCGAUGUGAAUUCGAUUUGGGAAACAUCAAGAAAGAAUAUGAAAAAUUGUACAACAAAACUCUCUUAAGUGCUGUUAAAAGUGACACCUCUGGCGAUUACAAAAAAAUCUUAUGUGCUCUUGUAGGAAGUGCCUAAAAUUAAAACAUUGCCAAAAAUCGCUACUUUACCUGUCGCCUUAUAAAAAAAUUAAAAAAUAUUUUUUUUUUUUAAUUAAAAUCAUUUUUAUUGCUUCAAAAUUUUUCAUAGACGAAAAAAACGUUAAAACACAUCAUCAUUACACAUUACAAGAGAAGAAGAAAAUGAAAAUCUAAACAUUAAUUAUUACAUGUUUAACGAUUUUUUUUUUAAUAUUAAAAAUUAUUAUUUUUAAAAUGUAUUUAUAAUAAAUUCUGUUUAAUUUUUUUUUUUUAUAAAUUAAUCAUUUAAAUAUAUUUUAUUAUUUUUUUUUUUAAUUAUUAUAAAAAAAACCUAUUUCCAUGAAAUUUCGUUAAUUUUAUUGCCUUGUUUGUUCUGUAGCUGUUGAAAUUUAAAUUUUGUACUUUAAAUAUAAAAUAUAUAUUUAUAUGUGUCUCAAAU